CUCCGCUUCCUCCACCUCUUUUUCAUCAAAAAUACCCCUUCAGCCUCGGAAGCAGGAAAAAAAAAGACGAAGGGAUUGACAACGCUAACGACACGUCCAACCCCUACAGCUGCCGUUGCAUUGGCGUUUCCAAUCCUGUCCUGUCGAGUUCGUCGUCACCCUAACUCUCGCCCACGAUGAAGACCACUUGGAAGGAUAUCCCGCCUGUGCCCACGUCGCAGGAGUUUCUCGACAUCGUCCUGUCGAGAACCCAGCGACGACUCCCAACCCAGAUCCGAUCCGGCUUCAAGAUAAGCCGAAUCAGAGGAUUCUAUACACGCAAAGUCAAAUACACGCAAGAGACCUUCUCGGAGAAGUUCGCGCUGAUCCUCGAGAGCUUCCCUCGCCUCCAAGACAUCCACCCUUUCCACAAGGAUCUCCUAAAUACUCUCUACGAUGCCGACCACUUUCGCAUCGCCCUGGGCCACCUCUCCACCGCCAAGCACCUCAUCGAGACCAUAUCCAGGGAUUACGUGCGUCUUCUCAAAUACGCCCAGAGCUUGUUCCAAUGCAAGCAGCUUAAGAGAGCCGCCCUUGGUCGCAUGGCCACCAUCACCAAGAAAUUAAAAGACCCCCUGCUCUACCUCGACCAAGUCCGCCAGCAUCUCGGUCGGCUUCCCUCCAUCGAUCCUACCACCCGGACCCUGCUCAUUUGCGGGUAUCCCAAUGUCGGGAAGUCGAGUUUCUUGCGCAGCAUUACGCGAGCCGACGUCGACGUCCAGCCCUAUGCCUUCACCACCAAGAGCUUGUUUGUCGGUCAUUUCGACUACAAGUACCUACGCUUUCAGGCAAUUGAUACCCCCGGUAUCCUGGAUCAUCCGUUAGAAGAGAUGAACACGAUCGAGAUGCAAUCCAUCACCGCCAUCGCCCAUUUAAGAUCUGCCAUCCUCUACUUUAUGGACCUCUCGGAACAGUGCGGCUACUCGGUUACUGCGCAGAUGCAACUGUUCAAGAGCAUUAAGCCCCUGUUCGCGAACAAGCUAGUGUUCAUCGUCAUAAACAAGAUAGACAUCCUUAGGCCCGAGGAGCUGGAUGAGAAGACGAGCGGCGAACUUCAGGCGCUGGUGUCUUCGGGCGAGGUAGAAUUGCUCCAGCUCUCCUGCAAUACUCAGGAGGGCGUGCAGGAAGUGAAGAAUGCGGCUUGCGAGCGGCUCCUCGCCGACAGAGUUGCCCAGAAACUGAAGGCCGGCACGUCCAACAGCGGCGGCAUCGGAGGCAGGUUAGCCGAUGUAAUGACCAGGAUCCACGUUGCGCAGCCCAUGGGCGGAGUGGUGCGAGAGGCGUUUAUUCCCGAAGUCGUGAAGACCCUGAGGAAAUACGAUAAGGAGGACCCCGAGCGGCGCAAAUUGGCCCGCGAUAUCGAGGCCGAGAACGGCGGUGCCGGUGUGUACAACGUCGACCUGAAGGCCGAUUACAUUCUCGCGAACCCCGAAUGGAAGCACGACAGGAUACCCGAGAUCUUCGACGGCAAGAAUGUGUACGAUUACAUCGAUCCCGACAUCGACGCCAAACUACAGGCUCUGGAGGAGGAGGAGGAGCGCCUCGAGGCCGAGGGCUACUACGACUCGGACGAGGAAAUCGACGAUGCGGAGGAAGCGGACAUCCGGAUGAAGGCGGAGCUUAUCCGAGAGAAGCAGGCGCUUAUCCGCAACGAGUCAAGAAUGCGCAGGGUCAAGAACCGCGCGGUGCUGCCGCGCAAGGCCGUCAGGCGACCGUUAUCGCAGCUCGAGGAUGCGCUCGACGAGAUGGGUGUCGACACACACGACCUUCACCUUAGGGCGAGGGCGCAGUCGUUGGCCCGUGGGCGCUCCCUGACCAGGAGCCGCGUCGGCACCGAGGACGGGAGUGCGAUGGACGUGGACCAGACGCCGAGGGAGCGGCUGCGAUCGAAGAGCCGGGCGAGGAGCCAGCCGGCGACGAAUCGGCGCGAGGACGGCGUCCAGGACGAGGUGACGAGGUCCAAGGCGGAGAGGCAGGCCAAGCUGAGCCAGCGGAAGAUGAACCGGAUGGCCCGGCAGGGCGAAGCGGACCGACACAUCGGCGCCACUCUGCCAAAGCACUUGUUCGCGGGCAAGCGGACGCUAGGAAAGACGUCCCAUCGUUAAGAAGAAGAGGAUAUUAUGCAUGCGUGUUUGUUUCUUCUUCGGCUACCGUAUACCCACGUGAUAGGAUUCCCUCGACGACGGCAUGGGGCGUGGGCUAUCAACCUAGUCGCUAUCUCAUUACCUUGGCUUUUUUAUUCGGCGUUGGGGCGGAGGAAAGAAGGAGGGGCGUGCGGAUGGAGAAAGGGGGGCUAUCAUGGUCGACGACAAGCUGGCUGGCGAGUCUUGAUGCACCUGCGGAGCUCGAGGACAAGACAGAAUAUGAAUGGAUAGACCAAAUUUACGUGAAGAUGAUGAAUUGUCCGUUCCUAGCCUCCUAUACGUUACAAUAAUGGCCUAUGAACACUGCGUGAGAGCUACAAUUAGGUAGGUUUAAUAGGCAGCCAUACACCUGCUUCUAGCCACGCUCGAUACAGGACGACGAUGCCUUCGAAUACAUAUAGGUGUAGUACUAGACUUGGUCCCCUCGUCCAACCAACCGUCUCCUCUCCUGCCUGCCUGCUUACAUACCCGUCUUCCCGAGCCCCUAUCCCUAUUCCCGCCCCUGGAGCGAUAUACUUACCUCUUAGCCGUACCUCUCCUUUCUCUUUCUCCCUCUUCCUUUCCCUCUUCUCCUUCUUCC